AUGGACAUCUACUUCUUCCAGCAGAAGAAACGCCAGAGAAUCAAACCUGUGCGAAAGACGAUCGACGACUUGAAGGCAUCGCGUCGAGAGCGGCCCGAAUCGGCGGCAGGAACACGUUUCGUGCUCCACGGCAAGGCGGACAGAGGCAGACAAGGACUUUCAGAGCAUCUCGCCCCUGGUGAGUUUCAAUCACCACAGGUCUCGCCCAGAGACCCCCUCGCCGCUACAGCCAACCAGGAGCACGCUAGCCCUAGGAUACCUAAAGUCUUCGAGCAGCUACGUGCCGGUAAGCACAACCUGAGUGUACGCUUUCCACCGAUUGAAGUAACACAAGACAACAGAAAGAAGUUGCUCAAAGUCCCAGGCAGAGGGUCAAUACAAGCCGACGAAGAGGAAGACGAGGAGGAAGACCCACAGAAGGUCGCCUUCCAGGAGGCACAGUUUGCAGCACCGAACGUCCUCGCACAGCUGACGCGAAUCUUGAACGGCGAGCAAGUUGAAGAGUUUGUCGUACCCGUAGAGUUGAGCCGUUCCCUUGGCCUACGGUACGAGCAACUGGUGUAUGCUGGAGGGGAGAAAGGCCAGGACGUUCAUCUAAGAUACAGGGAGUGGCAGACUGAAGCCUACAAAGACAUGUAUUUGCAGCGUAAGCAGAGGCUGGAGGAGGAGGCGGCGGAGGCAGAGCGGAUGCAGCAAGACGGCGGUGGUGGCGGUGGGCGCUCGGUAGCCGGAACUGCCGAGAUCAGUCCUCGGCGACGAUCGUCCAUGAAACAUUACGGCAGCAUGAACGGAUUCAAUGACACCGCGUCGGUCAUAACGUCCGCAACCACAGUCACGAAUGACAGUAGGCGCAUGCAAAAGCGCAGUCUAGACCGGUCGAGAGAGUCCGUGAUCAGUACGGCAACACUGGUUGAUACCAGUGGAGGCUCGGACAUGGAGCAAGGUGGAGCAUUCGGCAGCGGUGGCGAUUCCGGCCCAAUGAUCAUGCGAUACCAUCGAGAAUCCAGCUCGCCGGUGCAUGAUGUGCCUAUGCCUGUGAUGCCGCAUCAGGCCAGUCCGCUCACCCGCUUAGAGCGACAAACAAGAUCACGAGUUCCAGCGCGUGCAUUCACAGUGAACUUUUCCUUGGUGUCACCUAGAGCCAUGGAAGAAGGUUGGAUCACUGACCACACAAAGCCAUUUGAUCCGGAGCGAGAGACCAUGAUUAUCUGGCUAAGGGAGCACAUGAAACAGACCAAGGCACAAAGAAGCCUGCGCUGCAAAUCCCGUGGUGCUGACAAGCCAUUGGAGAUCCGCCAUUAUGGCGACAGUUCCAGGCAGGAAAGAGCUAGACUGGCUGCAUUACGGCGACGGCAGAGGAAACGCUCGGACGGCAGUAAGCCGUACAAGUCUGAUGGAGAAGACGAGUUUGGAAAGUUCACCACAAAGCUCUCGGACGGCAGCUGUACUGCCUACUACCCAUCAGGUCGAGUAGCGGUGUGCACUUGCCUGUUUGGACCAGGGAACCAGAUUCAGUAUACGUACGUGUUUGAUGAUGACGAGAAAGGGAGUAUGCUCGGGAUGUUCACCCCAGCAGGCGUGAACUGCUGCUAUGACCGUGGUGGAAUGAUAAGGUUGCUGACGAACGCAGAAGGUGGUCAUUUGGCAACAGAGCGCGGAGUAAUAAUUCGUCAGUGGGCGUGGCCUGAAGAUGGCGGCCGCUUGCUCCCCGCACCGUCGUAUCAGCUGAACGAGUUUCUGUCCUGGCACAGCACGUCGUCUGUGACUGCUACACUCCAUUUCUACUGCCAGCAUGAACUCGUCAAGUUCAAUGUUGGCAUGGCAACAGAAGAGAACAGGAAGCACAUACUGCCGGAAAUGACAGGCAAGUUACAAAUGGCAAGCUCCAUGCCAUACUCAUCGCACGCAGCAUCUCUGGCUAGCGAUGGUGAAGUAGAAGAUCGACUGGGCCGGAAGAGGCUGAAGGCGAAAAGAAAGAUAUCCCGUGCUGGCUCACAGCUGGAGGAGAUCCAUGUUGCAAGUGUUUACCGACAAGCACUAAGUCGAAUGGACGAAGAGGAUACUGCUGAUCAAUCUCCAGACCUAGGCAGCAUUCAGAAGAAGAUCAAGAGUCUUGUCAAUCAGUGGAUGGAUCACCUGCGCAUUGCCAGUGGAAUGAGGCCAAUGUCAGCUCCAUCUAGCCGUUCAUCGACAGCUAGCUCAACGUCCACACUGUCCCUGGUCAGCAGGUCAUCACACUCUGCCGGUACGGGCAUGGGGUCGCGGGCAAGCACAUCAGCAGCUCUCCCAUACGCAUCCGGCAUUGGUGCAAGGCAGAGGAGUGUCACGAGUCGCCACAGUGGAACGUCGACCGGCGCUGAAAGGCCCAGCUUGGCACGGACACCAUCUCGCCAGAGUCAACAUCAUCAUGUGCGACAUUCAACAUACCCCGUGCUGACGGUUGAUGCUCUGUCAGAGAGAACGCCGGCAAGUGACUACAUGGCUGCCAAGCAGCGGGUGACCGGUACACCAGCCAUAGUAUCCACACCACCACCAGACACACACCUACCAGCAGAGUCGCUAGCGCAGAGCAGGACCGUCACACCGCCACCGACAACAUUGCACAUGCAACAGCAACAGCAGCAGUUGCCUCCAUCUCUACACAGUGGACGUGGGAAAACCAUUGUUUGCUGCCCAGUGGCUCUGCGGAUUCAACUGACAAAGAGACAACCAGUACAGCCACCAUGCAGAUGCGACCAGCGACACAUGCCUUUGGUUACUGAUGUUGAGUUUGACCGUUUUAUUCAAAUACAUGCUCCGACGAAACAGCUACUCAUUGUCAACGUGACCUCAACAAGUGAGUCAAGAACAACUCUCUUCGACGCAAUGCUCGAGGAACUGUAUAACCAAGCGACAAAAACACGGAGAACGGCAUGUCAACAGGUAUCCCACCAAGCCUACCGUAUUGUACGCUAUGCACUGUGCAGUGCUAUUCAGGACACUACUCGCACGAUACCCCUUCUCCAGCAGCGACACAAUGUUGUGCCUGGAGUCUGCCUGAUGUACGCUGAUGGGAAGCUAGUGUUUGCUGGCAACAGGUUCAAUGGAUACGGCACAAGUAAACGAGAUUUCACAAAACAAGUACAGCAAACUCUCAUCGAUCUCCGGCGUGACUCUUUCAUCCCAAUGGACUACAAGCUGGAAACACGCACCCCAUCACCCAUCCUGCUAUCCCCUCAAGCUGUGAAGGCAUCACCGCGCUUACAGCCACCUAGCCCCGAGCAUGUCAACAUGCUAGGUAGAUUCUCAAGUCUGAACGUUGCGGCUGCUGGUAUGGCAUCGCAAACAGGCAGUAUAGUCGAUCAGAGCAUCACCAUGUCCGACCUCACGCUGUCACCAUCUGCUUGGGAUGCGUCACAGCUCAAGCUGGCCGGGGUAAAGUGACGACAUCCUCAACUGCAUUUUAGCAGUAUCUUGCAAAUCACUCACGAGUCAUUAUGAUACCAGAGGCAUAGACAUAUCCGUGUUGUGUUGACAAUUAACUGUAAUGUGCAGAAGCCAUGCAUUCCUUUGCUGAUUAUAGAACAUGACUAUAUCUUGCUUGAGAGAUAUGAAUAUUUUCUUGAUCUUGAGAGGUUUAGGUUCCCACAUUCUCCCAGUAACAUACAUUCCUUCAUUAUCAUACGAUUGUAUGAAUGACCUCACACUUCACUGCACUUCACAGCGGUCACUGCAAUGUAUUGCUGUCAUUGUUAGAUGAGUGAGACCCGGCAGAUUACAAGCAGACGGGCUUCAUGCACUUCUACAAAAUCUUCUCUGGAAUGACUAAGUAUGGAUUAUACUGCCAUACCAAAGGACAAGAGGAACAGUUCUGAAAUGUGCCUAGCUGGUCAUGGUGUUCGCUAGUUGAACACGCUUACAUACCUAAGCUAAGCAUCUAGAUGUGAGCGCAUGCAUGCAUCAUGUGUAUUUCAUUGGAGACAACGAGCAGGAAUUUUUACAUAACAGUGAAAAAGAGGCCCAAGAAAGUGCAAAAGAUUGUUGAAGACGAUCUGAUUCAUGGUCCCCCAAUUCAGAAGUGAUCAAGAAAUGAGCGGAGCGUACUUUGUUCCUCAACGUGCAAACUAAUUAGAAAUGGGACAACUGACAAACAACGGGUACUUCAAGAAUAAACAUUGGACCAUGAAUUUUGGUGCCAACCAAAGACAAGGUGGACAGCUAGAAGUGCAGACGUAAACAAGACGAAGAAGGAAAAGAGAAA